AUGUUUAAUUUUUUCCUUGUCAAUUUCUUUCUUUCUUUUCCCCUGUUUUUCUUUAAUUCUUUUCUUUGUCAAUUUUUCUUUCUUUCUUUCUUUCUUUCUUUUUCUUUUUUCUUUCUUUUUCUUUCUUUUUUCUUUCUUUCUUUUUUCAAUUUUUGCUUUGUCAAUUUCUUUCUUUCUUUUUCCUUUCUUUCUUUCUUCCCUCUUUUUCUUUCAUUCUUUUCUUUGUCAAUUUCUUUCUUUCUUUCUUUCUUUCUUUCUUUCUUUCUUUCUUUUCUUUGUCAAUUUCUUUCUUUCUUUCUUUCUUUCUUUUCCCUCUUAUUCUUUAAUUCUUUUCUUUGUCAAUUUCUUUCUUUCUUUCUUUCUUUUUUCUUUCUUUCUUUCUUUUCGCUGUCAUUCUCACUCUUUCUUUCUCACUCCAUAAUUCUUUUUCUUCUUUCUUUCUCUUUUCUUUUUCUUCUAUUCUUUUUCUCCAAUCAAUUUAUCACCUUAUUUUGUUUGUUAUUUGUUUUUCCUUUCCUAACAUUUCUGUUCUUGCGCAACUUGAAAGCCAUUAAUACAAUUCGACAAAAAUGUCGAAAGAACAAACGAAACUAA